GUUGGGGGGCGCUAUUGUGAGUCAAAACCCGCUGUUGGGCUGAAACAACGGAAGAAGAAAGUUUGCGGGAAAAGUGAACCGAUAACAGCGGAAGAGUGGGGAAAAACAAGAUUUUUUAAAAAACGACAUGAAACCCCCCAAUGACGCUGAGGUUAAAAGGGGGAUUUCUGUCCUGUGGGAGACCCUGCAGUGCCCCAUUUGUCUGGACUUGUUGAUCCAACCUGUUUCCACCAAAUGUGACCAUCAGUUUUGCAAGUUUUGUUUGCUGAAGCUGUUGGACAACACCAAACUCAGCAGAGCUGACUGCCCAGUGUGUAAAGAAAAGAUAACCAAGAGAAGUUUGCACGAGAGCCCAGGUUUUCAGAGGCUCGUCACAGGACUGCAAGACAUGAUCCAGGCUUAUGAACGUGACACUGGCACAAACUACUUCACUGGACUGGCCCAGGAAGGCAGACGAUCUCUCAGUGUCAGCAAUGACAAAGGAGUGGAUGGGACAGCCAACAGCGCGGAGGGUGUUGAAAAGACUCUUCCCAGUUCUCACUCAUCAACUAUAGCAGCCCUCGAUGGAUUUGCAAGGGUCAUGGGAAUUGAAGAUUCCAAUCCUUUGACGACAGACGGCGGCGUUCAGGACGGGAGUCUCGGAGGCUCGAAUGAAAUUUCAGAACCGAUCGAGGCAACAUCCAGGCUUGUAACUCCAAGGAAAGGCCGAAAGGACCAAGUUGUGCCGGCGGUUAGCAAAAGUCAACCCUGCAGGCAGAAGCGGAAAAAAAAUGAGGAGCCGGAGCAGAUCUCUGAGAACAGGAAGAAGGAAAGCGUGGAGAAGGUCGCCGAGUGGCUCAUGAAAGUUCCUGCUGAGGAGAGCCUUAAGUUGGAGGAACGCGCGGAGGUCGCCCACGUCACAGACGAUUCGGACAGUUCUGCGUCCACGCUGGAUGUCAAGAACUUCAACAAGAAGGUGCAAUCCACCAAAACGCUUGAGAAUAAGGUGUUUGGGGCCACUUACAAACGAGACCGGAGAAGCAACCGAAGCACCAGCACUAAACCGCUGUCACACUCCACGGAAAAGCCACCUAAGAAGAAGAAGAAGAUGACGACCAGCCUGACUCCUUCUGACUUUACAAAAAGCCCCGAAGGAAACUGUGAAAAUUAUCUCAACGUGUCUGCAACGAUGGAUGUCUCCGAAGAAGCGGGAAACUGUGAAAUUCACAAGAAGGAUCCAGACAAACCUUCCGAAAGGGAUGAAAAUAACAGCAAAGGCGACAGUCUCAGCCGCGAAACCCUUCAGCCUGAACGGAAGCGUAGAAAGCGGUUGAUUAGCACCUUGCAGCAGGUCGACUCUGAUUUGCGGGCCAAAGCGCAGAGGGAACGUUCUGCUCCGAAAAAAGCAGACAGGCGGAAAGGUCCCUCUCAAAAAGGAAAGUCCGCCAGAGCUUUGAACCCCCUGGUCCUUGUUGGAGUUCAAAACCAAGACCGUGCCACUGAGAGUAAGCUUCCAGCAGAGUCUGUGCAGGUUCAUAUCGAAAACUACCCGAGCAGCGAGGACCAGGAGGCGCCCGUUACAACAGGCGCAAGGAGAAGCAGGCGGCUUCAGCUGUCUUUCCAGAACGUCCCGCAGCGAGCGCCCAAGAAAGCUGCAACUCGCCAGGAAGCAAAAGCACACGGAAAGGACGUCAAAGACGGCGAAAGGUCAGAUUUUUCAGAAGUCAACGCUUGCAAAAUUAAUGGAUGCGUUUAUGACAAAAACAUAUGUGUCAUCGAAAACAUGGAGCUCUCCCGUCUGGAGAAUCUUGUUCAGGGAGUUCCUCCCGUUGAAACCAAUGCAGGUACGGAUCCUGACCCACAUCUUGUCCCAGGUAAUGCGAGUCCGAUCGGGGGGGCUCCGGAAAAUCCAGCACCUCGUUCGAGUCAGAGUUCCUUGGCAGAAAAGGAGGAGGACCGUAACGACAGCGAGGUGGACAUUGACCAGCUCCUCAGGAGCUUCAACACCACAAAAAGGAAGUCGUUCCGCCUCACCCGUUCAAUGACAAAUCGGCGCGUGGAUGAAGCACACGUGCAGAGUCCGGACAAGAGCAGCCCGACUACACUACAAGACCCGUCCACCAAACAGCAGUCGACAGACCUCGCCAACCCGUCAUCUUUGAGCGAUUUGAUCCCCCCGACCGAUUUGCCCAAAAGGAAAGUGGAUGUCGAUGGUGCAGCUGCUCUUGUUCUUCUCCGCAGUACUGUCAGCAGUGCCCUCAGCCCCAACAAAGUGACAACGCGUGAAGCCGAAAGCCCUCUCGUGUCACUUUUCCCUCAGGUGGUGGAUUCUGGUCUCUGUUUUUAUGAGCGCCAGGAGAUUGCAGAAAGUGUGGUUGAAUCGUCUCCAAAGGAGCACCCCAGGGACCUGAUCGAGAACCCCACCGCCUCUGGAAACCAGUUGUCACCUGCGUCCCAGCAUCUGCUGAACACUGACAGCUCCUUGACUCCGGACGGCCUCGGACUUCGGCCGGCCCAGUCGCCCCACGGAACCCAGACAAGCAUCCAGUCGUCCAUCCAGAGCGUCUCUGGCCGCAGGACGCUAAAGAGGACUCGCAGGCUGCAGUCCUCUUCGGAGUCACAGAGCAGCCCCAACAAGGUGUUGCCCACUUUGGCGCAAAAUUUCCAUGAGGUGCCUCAGGGCGGCUGUGUCCAGGAUGGUGCUGAAGCUGAUGGGCAAGAAGUUAAGGAUGUCUCUGCGGGGUGUUCAGAUCCAGACUGCAUUCCCUCCAGCCAAGCGUCCGUCGACUUGUUCGACCCUCCAGAUGAAUGUGAUGUAGCAAUUAACGGCACAAGCGUGUCUGUGGAGUCAUCGCAAUUCACAAGCGAGGUUCUCCUUACGCAGCAAAAGCUGGAGAUGAAGAAGGAGUUGGAAGGCCUGUGGAAGUUGAUGACGGUGGUGUCCGAGGUGCUCCAGGAGAAGGAGGCCAACCCUGCUGUGUGCCCUGAGGUGCACAAAUCCAUCCCACGUGGCCCGGACUGUCCAGACUGGAAAGCCCGUGAAGGUGAUGAGGAGCCCAGAAGGUGUCCCCGUGAUGGAGAAGAGUUAGCUCAACCCACUGUAGAGUUAUCGUCACCAGGACUAGCUGGGAAAAGCGUUGCAGAUUCAACUUUAACCUCUAAAGACAGGGACAACAAGACUCGAGAGAGAGACUCCAGCAGAGCUGAAAUGGUUCUGGUGUCCUCAGGUUUGGCACGUGCUGAUCAGAUCGCAGUGAAGAGGUUUGCUAAGAGUGUCGGCGCUCGUGUGGUUUCCCGGGUGACGGCAGAGGUGACUCACAUAGUCAUGUGCACAGAUGAACAUCUUGUAUGCGAGCGUACCCUCAAGUACUUCCUUGGCAUUGCGGGCAGGAAGUGGGUGGUGAGUUUCCAGUGGAUCGCUGAGUGCUUCAAGCGAAAGAAGCUCUUGGACGAGAGCUUAUUUGAAGUGAGGGGCGACGUGGUAAACGGGUCCGACCACUUGGGCCCAAUGAGAGCUCGCACCACCAGUGACGACAAUCUUCUGAUGAAGGGCUACGAAAUCUGCUUCCAGGGACCUUUCACAGACAUGACCACAGAGGAAAUGGAGUGGAUGGCGCAGCUGUGUGGGGCCGCGGUGGCCAAAGACCCGCUGCUGCUCGACAGCAAACAGAAGUCCAAGCAGCUCGUGAUCGUUCAGCCUGGAUCAGAACCAUGCUCGUACAGCAGUCUUGCCAAACAGGCUACAGUUGUGACUCGCGGUUGGUUGUUGGACUCGGUGGCCACCUACACACUCCAAGGCUACGACAACUACCUCACGAUUAGGAAUGCACACGGUGGACGGGUGGAUCAGCUGGAAAGCUUUGGCCUCACAGUUCUGAGGUCCCGGGUUCAAUCCCGGCCCUGCCUGUGUGGAGUUGGCGUGUUCUCCCCGUGCCUGCGUGGGCACUUCGGUUUCCUCCCACAUCCCAAAAAACAUCCAACAUUGAUUGGACACUCUAAAUUGCCCCUCGGUGUGAUUGUGAGUGUGGCUGUUUGUCUCGAUGUGCCCUGCGAUUGGCUGGCAACCCGUUCAGGGUGUACCUCCGCCUCCUGCCCGUUGACAGCUGGGAUAGGCUCUGGCACGCACCGCGACCCUUGCGGGGAUAAGCGGCAAAAAAAUGAAUGGAUGGAAGAAUACACGCCUGUGAGUAUCGUUAUAUUGCCUCUCUACGUGUUGCUGUGCCUUUUGUGUUCCUCGGUACUACUACUUUAGCCCGUCUGGAUUUUGCAUUAUGUAUUGGCAUUAAAUUAGCAGACAAAAGUUAUGUUGUUUGGUGACAAACCCAAUACGUAAUUGUCUUUUUGUUGAUUAGUUUGGCAGCAGAUUUAAAAUAAUUGCCCCCACCCCAAAAAUAGAUAAC